UAUUUGGUUCUUUGAAAUUUGAUCUAACAUUUACCACAGUAAUUUCUAGAGAGAUAAAGUGUAGAGAGAGAUAGACAUGGCAAUGAGGACGGCGUUGUUGGUGCUAUGGCUGGCCGUGGUGUCGGUGGAGAUGACCUUGUGUUUGGGUGAGGAAUCUUGGACUGAUUGGGCUAAGGGAAAGUUCACUGAGAUCGGAGGACAAGAUUCAAAAUCUGCACCUGAGCAGUCGAUUAGCAAUGCAGGCCAAGCUGCAUCAAAAGCUUCAGAAGACGCGAUGAAGUACGCUUCUUCAAAGGCCAAUGAGGCGGCAGACAUGACCAAUAAAGCAAAGAAUUACGCAAGUGAGCAAGCAAAUUCGGCCAUGGACACCGUUUCCGGCAAGGCCGGUGAGGCCGUGAACAAUGCUGGUGACAAGGCCAAUCAAGCUCGGAAAAUGGCUAACGAUAAGGUCACCGAUUACAAAGACACACUGUCAGCAGCAAUGCCUUAUGGAGAAGAGAACGUCAAGAAAGCCUACGAAGAAGCCAAAGCCCAGGCCAAUGGAGGUUAUGUCUCCUUCAGGGAUGUCAUGACCACUAAAGCCAGGGACAUGAACAACAACCACAACUGAGUGAUAGGUUGCUGCUCUAAUUAUAUUUAUAAAUACAUAUAUCACUAUAUCUAUAUAUGGCUGUUCUAUAAUAAGUUUACUAUAGGUUGAAUUGAGACCUGUAAUAUUUCAAGAACAUUUUCUUGUAAUUAAUAAGGGACUGCCAUGCCAUACAUCUUUGCCUUUCCUUCUCAUGAUUAGGCAACUCUGAUGGCAUUUUGGGACAGUUCAAAAUGAAAUUGUGGGUAUGUGUGUAUAUAUACAUAUGUAUAUAUAUGCGUCUCAUCUUGGAUUUAAUCUUUUUGUCUCAAAAUUUUUAGGUUACAGAGUUUCAUAUUUUAGUUGAUUUUGCUGUACUAAGUAGUCCACUUUUUGCUGGUGGUUAUAAAAUGUCAUAUGGAAUUAUAUCCAUGGUCUCUGUCAACAGCUUAUUUUUGGGGUUUAAUUCUUGCUUGUUCUGA